GAUGAUGCUUAAUUUAAACACGCUAAUCGUGUGAGAAUUGGAUGAGGCUAACAAGUUUCUACCAAAUUAAUGGAAAGAUCUUCUAAAGGAAGCCAAAUCACGAAAAGGAAUAGUAUCCUAUUUUACCUAUAUACGCCUCUUCUUUUUAUAUGUGUUUCUUAAGGAUAUUGAUUUAAUUCUUUUAUUAUAUAGCAAUAGAUGAAACUUUUAAGGAUAAAAAAAAAUGACAGGUGAAACUUGUAGCAAAUAGCAAUAGAUAUUUGUUGAAGUGUCCCUAUAUUGGGAAUCUAUUUUAAAUUGACUAGUUUUAUAUUGAUGGUCAAUCUAUUACAAUCAGCCUCUUUUAUUCGAGUUUGAGACCAGCAGUGUGAGUAAACAGUACACAAGCAGAGUACAAAUAUCCAGAGAAUUAAAAUAAGAUAUAGUUGAAAUGGAGAAAUCCUAUUGGAGGGUAUGCAAUAGAUAGAAGAUACUUAUCAAAGUGAAAGGCAAAUUCUAGCUGUUAUAAGAGCAAUAUAAAUGUGGUAUGAGAGUGAAUGUUGGGCCUCUUGGGUCCAGUACAAUGUUACGAUAUAGAUGUCCAAUUAUAAAAUAUACACAACAUUAGAAAUGAGUAGAUUAAUAGAAGAUACAGGUUGUGCACGUAAAGAAUAACAUGAGAGAUCACCUGUUUGAUCAUGUGAUUGAAAGUCUUGAAAGGGAUAUUAUAUUGCACCCAGAGAGAGAGAGAUAAUUGAAAUGGAAACUCAAUAAAAUGGUAAAUAUGAUCGCCAUUUGGUCCACAAAUUAAACAUAAGGAAUUAAGAAUAACAAGCAUUUUGUUGAGAUAGUGCUGAAGAAAUAGAGAAAUGGAAGGAGAGAAAGCAGUGCUCCACAUGAAUCUAGGAGAUGGAGAAAAUAGCUAUGCUAAAAACUCAACAUGUCAGAAAAUAUGGAUGAUGAAAACAAGGCAUGUUUUAGAAUACAGUCUGAAAAAAAGUUGGAAUCAUUAUCAACUUCCAAAGUGCUUUAGAAUGGCAGACUUGGGAUGUUCAUCAGGACCAAAUGCUUUAUUGAGCAUCUCUUAUGCAAUUGAUGUCAUUGAUCAAAUUUGUCAACAAUAUAAUCUCAAAAUGCCUGAGUUUCAAGUGUUUCUGAAUGACCUUCUUAGUAAUGAUUUUAAUCAACUCUUCAAAUUGCUACCACAUUUCCACGAGAAGCUUAAGGAGGAGAAGGGUACUGAUUAUUGUUGCUUCAUUUCUGGGGUUCCUGGUUCUUACUACCACAGGUUAUUUCCAAGUAAUAGCCUACACUUUGUCUCUUGCAUCAAUGGGGUACAUUGGCUCUCUAAGGUUCCAGAAGGGCUCGAGAACAACAGAGGUAACAUACAUCUUGCGAAGUCGAGUCCUCGUGAUGUUUUUGAAGCAUAUUUGAAGCAAUUCCAAGAGGACUUUUUCAAUUUUCUAAGGUUUAGAGGCCAAGAAAUUAAACCUGGUGGGGUUAUGAUAUUAGCAUAUCUUGGCAGAAGUACACCAAAUCCCUUUAUCAAAGACGCCAUUGAAAUCUUAGCAAUGCUGGCUGAAAUACUGUUGCAAAUGGCAACUGAGGGGCUUGUGUAGGAGGCUAAGGUUGAUUCUUUUAAUUUCCCAACAUAUUUUCCAUACAAGGAAGAAGUAGUGACCAUUAUUCAAGCAGAAGGGUCCUUCAAUCUUGAAAAGCUAGAAAUUUUUGAAGUCAAUUGGGAUGGCAUUGCCAACAACGAUAAUGAUUGUGAUUUUAGCAAUAGUCACACAAUUAUCACAAAUAGCGUAAGAGCUUUCUCAGGGCCUAUGCUUGCAAACCAUUUUGGUACGUCGAUUUUGGAUGAACUAUUUGAAAGGUAUGAAGAACAUGUCGCAAGGCGUUUGACCAAAGCAAAUAGCUAGUUCCUGAGUCAUGUUUUUGCUUUGACGAGGAAGUAAGAAGCUUAUAAUCUAGUGGUAUUAGUAGAAGUUUUUCAUAUAAUAGGUGUGAGUUUAUUUCUUCUUGUCUAUAUUCCCUCCUCUUAUCCAGUAAUAAUGUAAUAGAAAAAUAAAUAAAUGUAAGAGGCCAAGAUGAGAAAAUCUUCAAAGAAGUGACUUUAUGAAAAUGUUAGUCAG